AUAAGCAACAUCGACAUCUUCGUCAUGGACACUCAAGGCAAGAAAAUCGUUUGCAGAGCUGCGAUCGCUUGGGCGGCUGGUCAACCACUGAAGAUCGAGGAAAUCGAGGUUGAGCCACCAAGGAAGGACGAAGUGCGAAUCAAAGUGCUCUACACUGGUAUCUGUCACACAGACUAUUACACGCUAUCUGGCAGCGACCCCGAAGGCGAUUUCCCUUCAAUUUUAGGCCAUGAAGGUGGGGGGAUCGUGGAAAGCGUUGGUGAGGGAGUGAAUGAUGUCAAGCCAGGUGAUCAUGUGAUCCCACUGUACACGGCUGAGUGUCGAGAAUGCAAGUUUUGCACAUCAGGAAAAACCAACUUAUGUGGCAGAGUUCGCGAGACUCAAGGUAAAGGUGUGAUGCCUGAUGGGUCUGUCAGAUUCCAUUGUAAAGGUCAACCUAUCAAGCACUUCAUGGGUUGUAGUACCUUUAGCCAGUACACUGUAGUCUCAAAGUUUAGUGUGGUAAAAGUAGUGGAUGAAGCCCCAUUGGACAAGGUGUGCCUAUUAGGAUGCGGUAUUACCACUGGGUUUGGGGCGGCAACCAAGACCGCAAACGUGACUGAGGGCUCGACGGUUGCGAUAUUUGGGAUCGGCUGCGUUGGAUUAGCGGUCAUCCAAGGCUGCGCCGCCCGGAAAUGUAAGUCGAUCGUAGCGGUGGAUGUGAACCCUGGCAAAGAAGCCUGGGCCAAAAAGAUGGGUGCCCACGAGUUCGUCAACCCGACCAAAACUGAAAACCUUGCCCAGGACCUUACCACGAAAUAUAGUGAUGGAGGGUUUGACUACACUUUUGAUUGUACUGGAAAUGUCGAUGUGAUGAGGACUGCGUUGGAAGUAUGCCACAAAGGAUGGGGUGUCAGUACCAUCAUCGGGGUAGCAGCAGCCGGGAAGGAAAUUUCCACCAGACCAUUUCAAUUAGUUACUGGUAGAAAAUGGCAAGGUAGCGCGUUUGGAGGUGUCAAAGGUCGUACCGAAAUACCGGGGUUGGUUGACGACUAUUUAAAGGGAGUGCUAUCCGUAGAUGAUUAUGUCACACAUCAUAGGGAAUUUGCAAAAAUCAACGAAGGCUUUCAAGAUAUGAAAGAUGGAAGUUGCAUCAGAUGUGUUGUGGAUAUGUGGAAGAUUGCAAACACCAGUUGAAUUUGAUCACGUCUUGUUACUUGAUUUUUGAAUCUGCACUGGGAGGUUUGUUUUGAACCAUGAAGAUUAAGCCUGAUAAGAUCAAUUUUUUUUUUUUUUGAAAUGAGUGUAUGAUUGAUCAAAUCAAGUCGUUAUUUUGGAUGGGGGCGAGCUGUUCUCUUUAGCCCAGUACGCGAUUGCAAUGUGGAUCAUGGAGUUUUGAUAGCUCUGCAUUGUAAGUUGAAUACAAAUAUUGCAUGUUUAUUCUGAC